AUGAGUGAAACACUGUUGUCGUUACGGGCCUUAUUUUGUCCGACACUCACGUCAUUCAUAUCGGAUACCGGCGCUGAGGGCUCACUAAACACCGGCUACGUGGCCGACGACCCGCCCCCUAAGUACGAGCCCCCGCCCUCCUACUCGACGGCCACCGCCCGCCAGUUGGUCCACCAGAUUAGGGGUCGACUCACUCCCAGCGGUUCCAUACGUAUGAACUUCUUGAGCCGUACC